AUGUGGACCUCUAAGGACCAUAGAAAGGGCUUGGGAACCCCAAUAAGCCACGCUCCUUCCUCACCUGUUCUUCGAAGUCCAGUUCGCUGGCUGUGGGGGUGGUUUGCUCUGACGUUACUGACCUUUCUGCCAGCUGAGGCCUGGGGUACCACCUUCACUGUGGCCAUUGUUGGGCCUUGGACCUGUGACCCACUCUUCUCCAAAGCUUUGCCUGAUCUGGCCGCUCGCCUGGCUACCAGCCGCAUCAAUAAAGAUCACUACUUGAGCAAAGGCUACUGGUAUGAUUAUGCAUUGGUGAGUGAGGACUGUCGUUCAUCACGGGCUCUUGCACGGUUUACUGAGUUGAAAGGCUAUGGCCAUGCUUUCCUGGGCCCAAUGAACCCCACUGUGUGUCCUGGCGCCGCCCUACUGGCCAAGACCUGGAAUGCUGGGAUAUUGUCCUGGGCCUGCCUUGACCCUUAUACACACACAGACACACACUCGGAAGGCAUUGUUCCACGGCGGCCCUACUCCACCUUCUUGCGUCCCAUCCCCAAUUCUGCACGUGUCCUGUUCUCCGUCCUCCGGUUUUUCCGUUGGGCGCACGUCGGUGUGAUCAGUGCUGAGAGUGACGUAUGGGAGUCCACUGGGCGGGAGCUGGCAACGUCGCUGCGUGCCCUCGGCCUGCCCGUUGGUCCUGUGGUUACCAUGGAAGCGGAUGAGGAAGGGCCGCAACGGGCACUGCGUGCCAUUAGAGAUGCUGACAAGGUGAAAGUGGUAAUUAUGUGCAUGCACUCUGUUCUGAUUGGUGGAGAGGAGCAACGAGUGUUGUUGACCACAGCUUUGCGUAUGCGUAUGAUUGACCGCGGUUACAUCUUCAUUCCCUAUGAUACCCUCCUCUACUCACUGCCCUAUCAGGACACAGAGUACACCAUUCUCUCCAAUGACACACAGCUCCGAAAGGCUUACGAUGCCGUGCUUACUGUAACCAUGGAUUCAGAUGAUCGCAGCUUUUACCAGGCCUUCCAUGAGGCUCAGCAGAAAUAUGAGAUCCGAACGAGCGCUCCACCAGAACAGGUGUCACCUUUGUUUGGAACCAUCUAUAACGCUCUUUACUACAUUGCUAUGUCUGUGGAGCAAACACGAUUGGCCAAUAACCGAUGGGUGACAGGUGAGGAUUUGGCCAAUAGUGAGGGAGGAUUUCAGUUUGACGGGUUCAACCAACGUGUGUGGGGAGGAACUGAUGGGGCAGGAAUGCAGGUGCGUUACGCUGUCUUGGACACAAACGGCCACAAUGCCCAACUUUACCGCACACACAUGCUGGAGGCUGCGCACACUCAUGGACGAUUUGGGGCGCUCAAAUACAUGGGAAAGUCCAUCCACUUUGCAGGUGGAUCCCCCUCCAGUGAAUCCAACUGUUGGUUCAGUCCCUACAUCGCUUGCAGUGGCGGUAUGAGUGGAGUGACUCUCCUUUUCAUGUUUCUUCUGGUCUGCUUGUUAGCAGGAUGUGGAGCAGCUUAUGCAGUCUCGAACAGGGGUAAGCUGGGACAGGUCAGUGCGUUUCUUGGUGGUGGAGAGGGAGGAAUAGGCACCCCGUCAAAGUUGGUGUUAACUCUGGAUGAUAUCAUGUUCAUCAACACUAACGUCAGCAAAAAGAAACUAAACGAGGAGAGCAUGAUGAAAAGCCUGUUAGAUGUGAAGACUCCAUAUCGUUCAGUCUCUGGGCGAAGCUACAUCCAGACAACACCUGAGAGCUCCAACAUUGGCAUGUAUGAGGGUGACUGGGUGUGGCUAAAAAAAUGUCUGGGCGGGGAUAAAGUCACAGAGGUCAACCAGAAUACUAAGAGUCUGGUUAGCCAGCUGCGAGACAUGAGGCAUGAGAAUCUGAACCUGUAUUUGGGCCUGUUUUGGGAUGCUGGGAUCUUUGCCGUGGUAACAGAACACUGUACUCGUGGGAGCUUGGAGGACUUACUGGGUGACAGUAACAUGAGACUAGACUGGAUGUUCAAGAGUUCAUUACUAAUGGAUCUUAUACGGGGGAUGAAGUACCUUCAUAUUCGGGGAAUCUCUCAUGGUCGACUGAAGUCUCGUAACUGUGUAGUUGAUGGACGUUUUGUGCUGAAGGUAACAGAUUAUGGAUACUCCUCACUUAUGGACUUGCAGAACAUUAACCUGGACAACACUGAUCCCAAGGAUCUUUUGUGGACAGCUCCAGAGCUCUUGCGAAACCCUAAAACUGAUGGAACCUAUGCUGGUGACGUUUACAGCUUUGCCAUCAUCGUACAGGAAGUCAUCACUCGCUCUUCCCCAUUCUGCAUGAUGGACAUGCCUGCUCAAGAGGUGAUAAAUAAGCUGCGUUCUCCACCUCCUCUCUGUCGGCCCACUGUAUCUUUGGAUGAGGCUCCAUUAGAGUGCAUUCAGCUGAUGAAACAGUGCUGGAGUGAAGAGCCAAACAGCAGACCCACCUUUGAGGAGAUAUUUGCACAGUUUAAGAACGUAAACAGGGGGAAGAAAACUAACAUCAUAGACUCCAUGCUGAGGAUGCUGGAGCAGUAUUCCUCUAACCUUGAGGAUCUGAUUCGAGAGAGGACUGAGGAACUGGAGAUUGAGAGGCAUAAAACAGAAAAACUUGUGGCCCAGAUGUUGCCUAAGUCAGUGGCUCAGGCUUUGAAGACAGGAAAGCCAGUGGAGCCGGAGUACUUUAGUGAAUCCACACUAUAUUUCAGUGACAUUGUAGGUUUCACCACCAUCUCCGCCCUCAGCGAGCCAAUCGAAGUGGUCGACCUUCUUAACGACCUCUACUCUCUCUUUGAUGGCAUCAUCGGAGAACAUGACGUCUACAAGGUGGAAACUAUAGGUGAUGCUUACAUGGUGGCAUCGGGCGUGCCCAAUCGAAAUGGGAAUCGUCACGCAGCCGAGGUGGCCAACAUGUCUCUGGACAUCCUGCAUUGUAUUGGAGCAUUCAAGAUGAAGCACAUGCCCGAUGUCAAAAUAAAGAUCCGCAUUGGUCUGCAUUCAGGUCCUGUAGUAGCUGGAGUUGUGGGAUUGACGAUGCCACGCUAUUGUCUUUUUGGAGACACAGUGAACACAGCCUCUAGAAUGGAGUCCACAGGACUGCCAUACAGAAUCCAUGUGAAUAUUAGCACAGUAGAAAUUCUGCAGAGUAUGAAGCUUGGUUAUAGAGUGGAAACCAGGGGAAGAACUGAAUUAAAGGGUAAAGGUUCUGAGGACACAUACUGGCUGGUUGGAAGAGAUGGCUUCACCAAACCUCUUCCUAUACCCCCAGACCUCACUGGAGGGGCGAGUAACCAUGGUAUAAGUCUUGAAGAGAUUCCAGUAGAUCGUCGGCAGAGAUUCCUGGAAAGGGAGAGUAAAAGGAAGUAA